UUCGAUCACACUUGCGCUGCUUAUUAUUUUCUCGUUUCUCUUUAGUCUGCGUGUCACAAGUUGCUCUCUUGCCUUAUCGUUUCCCCCCUAUAUAUAUUUUAUUUUAUUUAUUUAUUUAUUUAUUUUUUUUAUCUCACAUUACAUCGCCAUUGCCCUCCUUCUCCGCCCCACGACGCAAUCAAGCCGGCGCUGGUGCCGUUGUAACCCUCGCGCUUGGAUGUCUGCUGCGCUCUCCAUCAUCCAACCUCCUCGCCGUCUCAGCUGCUCUUCCUCUCUCAAACUACAAUAGAACUCAAAGCGAGCGUGCCAUCCAACAAUGACGGACCCGGCGACCCGAGAGUCCUACCCAGUCCCGGAUUUGACCAUAGUCGAUCCUUCACCAGGAACAGUGCGGAACGGCCAGUGCGCCCCGGAUGGCUUCGGUAACAACCACCAUAACCACCACAACAACCAGCAGCAGCACGUCAAAAGCCCCGUCCAACAUGAGGCGCUCACCUCCGGCCAGGAGAUGAAAAUCACCGACAGUGUGGAGGGAGAAGGUCUCCUAGAGAGCAGCUUGCGCCUGAAGCCUCAUGAGGCUCAGAACUACAGAAAGAAGGCACUCUGGGUCUCGUGGAUCUCAAUCGUGGUCACCCUCAUUUUGGCUGUGACAGCGUUCACCGUAUCGUUUAUGAGGCACAGCGCGUCAGCCUUCGGAUUUGCUUUUGACGCUACCUUGGAUGUUCUCUCAUCAAUCAUCGUGCUGUGGCGCUACAGCAAUGCGGCCGCCGUGCAUUCAGCGCACAGAGAAUACAUAGCAUGUGUGGUCCUCGGGAUUGUAUUUCUGCUGUGCUCCCUCUGCAUUCUUGGAAAAGCAAUUCAUAAUCUGGUUACAAGGAUGCACCCAGACGUGGAUGACUUUCUCUUCAGCGUGUCCAUCGUUAGUGGAUUUGUGUGCACCAUACUGGCUGUUGCAAAGUUCAUGCUGGGCAAAGUGCUCACAAGCCGCGCACUCAUCACGGAUGGUUUUAACUCUCUGGUUGGUGGCAUUAUGGGUUUUACCAUUCUUAUCAGCGCCCAAGUGUUCAAGGACCACCCUGAUGUCUGGUUCCUUGACGGCGUGAUUGGAGUUCUCAUUGGACUCAUCAUUUUGGCAUACGGGGUCAAGCUUCUAAUGGAUAUGGUACCCCGAGUGAGGCAAACACGAAACUACGAACGAUUUGAAUGAGGUUCACACACUGACUAGUUACCCUCCCCCAUCCGCUUAGGCACUAAAUGUAGUGCUUGGACAUCUGAAUUAGGUACAUCACCAUCAUCACAAGCGUUCCGUUAUGGAGUGCAGAUGCUGCAUUCAUGCACUAUCACAUCUUUUUUAACGUUAAACCUUCAUACAUUUUUGCUCACAAACCAACAAGAAGAUGGAACGUGUUCAGCCGACUGCGUCAUUGAACCACAAAAUCAGGAUGUACACUUCAGAACUCGAUGGCCGUCCUUAUUAUUCGUUUUGUAAUACAGCCACAAAAGGUUCAGCCAAACUGUAGCCAAAAUGAGUCAACAAAUCUGACAUGUUAUAAAUGCAAUGUGUCAACAAAAACAGCAACACGUUAACAUUUUGUUUGCACAUUUCAGUAGCCGACACGGGAUAGUGCCCAUUCGAUCGAAUUGGUGCAUCUUUAUCUCUUUGGUUGCUAUUGGCCAUGACAGACACCCUUGUUUUGUGAAUUGAAAUAAGUUUGUCACGAGCAGAGGUUGCGCUAGACAUUUUCGUUGUCUGUCAUUUUGACUGACAGGGUCAUAAAAAUCCGGUCAUAGUCUAUUUUUACCCGUCACUUAAAUUUUUAAAAUGAUAAUGAUGACAUAUUCAAUCGUAUUUAGUAUUCAUUCAUUUUUAAUUAAUAUUGUAACGCUUGCUUGGUGCGAAAAAUUAGACACGGAAGUCGUGGUAUUUUUCUCCCUUUUUUACUCUGCUUACCGCCAACAACUCCGCCCCCAAAGAAAAAGAGGCAACGAUAUAGACCCCAAUCACCAACGUCACACAAUGAUCUUAAUUGUGGUUGUCAGCCCAAAAUCUUCUAAAUAUAUAUUAAAUGCAUCUUACCAGAUAUAAAAAGACUACUACAUAGUCUGUGGUGAUCGUUUGGUGCCCAGAUUUCUUGUCGAAUUACAGCAGUCCAUCUCGCUCUCAUCUUCGGGUCUCUCAGAAUACGGUAGAACUUCAAGUCUCUCCGUCUAUCUUCUCUGUUACAGCAACCAACCGCCACACACGCCUUCACCAUUUUGAUUAUUAAUAUUAACGAGCAGAAAAACACGCCGUAAUAGGAAGCAUGUACGUAGCGGUAAUGUGUAAACAUGACGAGCUGACACACAAUAUGGCGGCUCCGGUCAGGGGGCGGAGUUGUGACGUCAUGUGAUUGGGGUCUAUACACAGGCGGCAAUCUUGUCCAUCAAUUGGAUGACGCGCUGGCACACCGGGUGCACCAAUAAGAACCUCGCGUUGAUGUGUCAAUCACGGUGCCGCCGCCAGACCCCGGUGACGCUACAAUAUUCUGACAGAAGAGCCAACGACGUCAUGCAUUAAGAGAGACAAUAGCUAAUUAAUAUGCUAACUCGCCACCCUGUGGUCUGGGGUGUGAAUUGCAACCUGUCAAAAUGACGGACAGACUUCAGUUUUUUCCGUCACUGUUUUAAAAAACCGGUCAACGACGGAAAAUAUCCGGUUAACGCGACCCCCGGUCACGAGUAAACAUCCAAUCCAUUUGAAGUGGGAGAGCUUACAGCAAAUGAAUGAUGUUCAUUUGUUGCUAUCCGUCCCACGCCAAAUGGAUUGGACGUCUAUCACCGUCAAUGCAGCUCGUAAAUUAAGAUACAGUGUAUCACAAAAGUGACUACACCCCCUCACAUUUCUGCAGAUAUUUAAGUAUAUUUUUUCAAGGGACAAC